AUAGUUGACCACUGAACAGUGGCCAGUCAGUGUGUGUCCCAUCAGUGAUCAGUGACGACGAAGUGUGAUCUGGAAUCCCCGAACUCGAAGUGAUCGUAAAACUGUUCUUAAACCUAGAUUUGGUGCUUCUCUUCGUGUCAAUUACCAAGCCAUGUGUCGCAAGCACAAAUACUUUCUCAUGGACGUGCAAUUGGUUCACCUCAUGACGUGACGAUGGCGGCCCUUGUCAGACUCAAGAGGGGUAGUGUGCAGCUGCGGCACGCCGCUCUCGAAGUUAGGGCGGCAGUGCGAGCGCGACACGCAGUCGCGGCUCUGGUUGCCGUAGGCUAUGCCCUUUGCGGAGCCGUAGAAGUCAGCGCCUCCGUAGCCCUCCUAGCAAAGCAACCAGACAACCAUGCAAUCAUCGACACGUCGUGGCAUUGCAAUAUGCUCGUUAAUAUCACAAGCCGCAAUAAAACCGAAGACCACGAAGUCAUUUCCAUGGAGUUACUGCAAGAGGAGCACACGGAGUCCAUUAUGCGCGAAGCAUUCCUCUGGGGUCAGGUAGCAGGUCCAAUUCUAGGGGGUUGCCUAGUCUGGGGUCGUUCUGGACCCUCUAUCGUCUUCUCACGCGCUGUCCUCAGUGCUUGUCUGGCCUCGCUUUUGGUGCCCGCUGCUUGGAAAGCACCAUCACACGUUGCACUCAGGUUGUUCCAGGGCUUGUGUACAGGUGCCACAAUGCCCGCAGCUCACAUGUUGGCGAUGACAUGGUUCAAGUCGACGCACAGAAGUUGGUACUUCUCUUGUUACGCGGCCGUAAGCGUUGGCUAUUGCCUUAUGGGGUGGAUUGGUACUGCAAUGGUUCGUGCCUUCGGGCGCGACUCUCUGUGCUACGGACUUGCCAUACUCGCUGUCUGCUGGUACUUCGCGUUCAACCGCUGGGUUAAGAACUUCCCAAAGUCUUAUCAGCACGACACAAACGCAGCGGUAAUCCCAUGGGGAAAGCUGUUGAGAUCCGUUCCAGUCUGGGCAUCUGCAGUGGCAACAAUGGGAAACCAAUGGGGUGAUGCGACCUUGUCUCUUGGGAUGACCAAGUACCUAAAGCGGAUAUACGGCUUUUCCACGGCGAACGACUCAGUGCUCACUACACUACCGCACAUAGGGCACUUCAUGGCUGCACUGACUUGCGGCCUCCUCGUAGACCAUGUCCGAGAAUCCGGUAUGGUCUCAACAACCACUGCCAGAAAGUUGGUAGUAUACAUGGCACACUUCGUACCUGCUGCCCUUCUAUUUGUGGCGGGAUACGCAGGUUGCCAGGCAUUGGGUGCCGCAUGGCUCGGGAUCGCAGCCCUCCUGGUCUCCGGAACAGCCCCUGCUGGUGCUCUGGCUGCAGUCGCUGAUUUAGCGCCUGAAGAAUCGCCAGCGUGUGCAGCAGCUGCGUGCGCUCUUUGCUCAACCCUUGGAGCGGCUGGACUUCUAGCUGCCAACUACUUUGUCACUCAGGCAAUUCACGGCUCAAUUGCAGGCUCUUGGAGGUUGGUUUUCGGGGUGGCAUCUGUGGUUCUAUUUUCGACAGCGGCGGUCUUUUUGGCACUUGGUAAGGGGGUUCAGCAGCCCUGGAUCCCGUCAGUUGCCAGACCGAAGAGUCACGACGUGAUCUACGAACAGGAUUCUCUCGAGCUUGACUAUGAAGACGUCGGAGUCCAAACGGAGCCCUACGAGCUAUACGAGGCCUACACGUUGACCGAGGAUGUGGAGAGCGUAAAGGAAAUGCCUAGAUCAGCCUCAGUCCAUUCGAAAGCUUCAAAAUUAUCCGUAUAAAUAACACGUUCCAACAUUACAAAUCUGCUGAUUCUCGUCACGUAUUUUAGCGGAUUUGAUUGCUCGGGUCCUGAACG